AUGAAAUUAGCUAGUAAAACCAUUUUAAACACAUUACCCCUUUUAUUAAUAUUAUUGACUAUAUGUACACGUAAUAUUUUGAUAAAUUCAAAAAAGUUAAAUUAUACUAAAGGGGGAAAUCAUGCAUACAAUUAUAAUGGUUGGAAAAAAAAUGAUAUAAAUAAAUACUUUUAUAUUAAUAAUUGGAAAAAAAGAAAACGAAGAAAUUACAAACUACAACAUUACAAGCUUUGUUCUAUUUUUUCAAUAUUUAAAAAGCAAAACGAUGAAAAAGGAGAGAAAAAAACAAAUGCCUCACUCAUUAACAAUCAGACGACUACCCCCAAAAAUGACACUCAGAAAGAUGGAAACGAUGGAAAGGGGAAGGUUGAAAAUAUGAUCAAGGGUGAAACAAAAAGUAUAAAGAAAAGUGACAUAAAGAAAGGGGAUGAAAAUAAUAUGACUAGCCAUGAAGGGGAGACAUAUCCUGAAAUUGUACUAGACAUGAAUAAAAACCCUCAAGACGCUCUGAAAAAUAUACAAAAAUAUACAGAGCACUUAAAAAAUGUUAUGGAUAAAAUGAUAAGCUUAUUAAAUAAUAUAUUUUUUUAUAAAAUAAAAUAUAUAGAAAAGGAUAAAGAUUUCAAAAAGUUUUUUGAAUAUAUAUUUAAAGAGUUUGAAAAAAAUUAUAAAAAAAUUACAUAUAUUAACGAAAUAGAAAAAAUGCAUUAUGAAGAAACUAAAAAUGAAUAUUAUUUAGCUAACUAUAAAUAUUUUGUAAAAAUAGCUAACACAAUUGAAGAACAUUUAUUACAUAUACUAAAAUUAAGAUUACAACUUUUAAAACUAAAAGCUUUAAAUGAGAUUAAAGAUAUAAUUUCUAAACACACUAAUAAUACAGAUUAUGUUUCUUUUUAUAAUAAUAUAAAUAAUAUUUUUAUUUCAUUUGAAAAAGAAUUAAAUAAUUUACAACCAGAUAAAUAUAUUUUUACUAUAUAUGACAAUAUAAAAGAUAAAAAAAGUAAUAUGCUACUAAAUUUUAAUUAUAAUAUACCUAUUGAUAAAUAUCAAAAUCAUAUUAAUAAAAUUAUAGACUACCUUAAAAAAUUUUCACAAGAUCUAACAAAAAAAAAAAAAAAAAAAUUUUAUAAAGACAUGGAAAAAAAUGAGCAUUAUGAAAAUAUAUUAAAAGUAAUAGAUAAUCAACAAAAACAAAUUGAAGUAUUACAAGAACAAUUAGAAUCAUCUAUUGAUGGGGGUAAUGGGAAAUAUUCUCCUUUCUAUUGUUCUAUUGCUUAUAGAAUACCAGAUACAAAUUUAAAUAUAUCUACGCAAUACCUUAAAAAAAAAUUCAAUAUAAAAUUAAAUUGCAUUCCAGAUGAUUCUAUGCAUCUAUUGGGUUCAUAUGGAUUUGUUAAAGCACUUCCUUUUGGUAAUCUUGGAUUGUCUUUAUCGUUAAAUUUUUAA